AAUAGGUCAAGACAUGGAAAGAGGAGAAGCAUGCAAAGGAAGGAACAAGUAAAAUAACCUAAUCACCUAAUGCAGUGCAGCGAGAACUAGAGCAAUAAUAGAGAAUGACAGUAACUAUGCACUACAGUACUGCGUCACGUAUAGCCGUGACAGAGGGGAUUAGGAUACAAACAAAAGGCAGAUCAUAGGGGGGAAGCAGGUCCCUCAUAAGGAGUAUAAGCCAAUUUAUAAACCUAUUGCCACUACAGGCAUUCGGCUUUAAAGCUUGAUCAAGCUCAUUCCACUUCGUUCCUAAAACACAACCACUAUCUCUGCCAAAACCAAACCACACCAAAGGCUCGGACUCACCAAAAACACAAGGCCAGGCAACAGCAAUGGCUAGACAUGGCCCCCAAAUCCAUGACCAACCACUCCAAGAAGAGGACUAUAUAGACAUGGAGCUGAGCUCACCUGCAGCUGCAGAGGUGGGCACCAAUACAGCAAGCUUGCUCUGCUACACCACAGCAAUGGCAGCCGCCUCGCAACACUCGAGGGAGUUUGAGUUCCACAUGUCAGCUCCGACUGACCACUGGGAGCCCGUGGCAUCACCAGCAGAUGAGCUCUUCUACAAGGGCAAGCUGCUACCCCUCCACCUUCCACCACGCAUCCAGAUGGUUGAAAGGUUGCUUGAGAUUGCGGCUGACAAGGGCCUUCUCUCCGCGAGCACUGCCCCGACAACACCAUAUCAGUCAUGCAGUGUUUCACCAGCAAAUUCAUGCUAUGCCAGUGGUGAGCUCAAUGCAGAGCAGUACUUCAGUGAGUGCACAGCUGCCAGUAUUGCUGCUGCUGAGGUGGAAGCAGCAUGCGAAAAGAAGCCAUGGUCCAAGAAGCUCAAGUUCAUCAAGAAUCUCAACCUUGGCCUCAAGCUCAAGGCAUCAAAAGCUUACCUCAAGACAAUAUUUGCCACUAAAGCAGGGGAUCCAGAUGAAAAGAGUGGUGCACCAAGAGCAAGUGAGUUCCCCAUUGCCCAGGUCAAGAGUUGGAGGAAGAACCCAUUUGUCCAGACCAGAAGCAACAGGUACACAGCCUCGCCCAUCAGCAACAGCGCUCCACUGGGAGGUAAUCUCAAAGAAGAUGAAUUCGGCCAUAGGAGGUCGUUCUCCAGCGUCAUUAUCCGAUAUUCAUCAUCAAACAAGACGUCGUCUGCCUCAUCAUCGUCAUGCUCUUCGUCAAACUCAUCCUCCUCCAUCCCAACUUCAAAUGACUCUGGUUUGGGGCCAGUGCUGAGGAGGAGCAGCAGUGCAAGCUCAGAGAUGGAUAAUCCCAUCCAGAGUGCAAUAGCGUACUGCAAGAAGUCGCAGCAGCUGGCCUCGGUGAGGAAGAGUGCAAGCGACGCAGGCUUCCGGUUCAUGUCAUCAUCAGCAUCAAAGAUAGCUGCAGAAUCUGAAGAUGCAGAAGACAUCCUUGAGAUAUGCAGGCGACGAUAGCAUAGAUAUAUAGAUUUUCAGCACCAUGAUAAUUCUGUAAACUUUUGAUCAUGUGCUUCCUGUUCCUGCAGACAUGUAAUUCCCUUAAAAAUGCUGAUAUGUAAGUAACUUCUGUUUA